UGGAGGCAAAUAAAAUAGAUUUUAAAGUUUCAUAUUUAGUUUCAAAAUAGAUUUGUAGUAUUAUUUCAGAUACAUUAUCAUUGCUGUUGUUUCAAUUUAUCUUACAGUAUUGUAAAUAUUCUAUCUUGCUGAUAACCUUGACAUAAUAACUACUAACUAGGCUAUUUUGACAUGGAUGGUGAUUUGUCAGAAAGUGGAGGAUCAAUCCCUCAGUUUACAAGUGAAAUGGAUUUGAAGCAAUCAAAUUCAGGUUUGAAAAAUGAAAUAUUACCAAGAAAGUCUUUAGGGUCUUUAGAAAAAUCAUUUACAGAGACGGCACAUUUUCCAUCCAAAAAUAGUUCAAGUGUGAGAACGAAAUUAGAUUCAAUCAAUGUCACAACUAGAGAUUUUGAAUCGUCUUUCCAUAAGGUUUUAUCAAAAAAUGAAGAAAAUAAAUCUAUUGAAAGAAUUACUGUGCACUCUAUUUCAGAACAAAGGUCAGUCGGUUCAAAGAGAGAAACACAAGCAAGAACCUCUCUGGCAAGUGUUACUUCAGAGUUGAUCUCUGUUGAGGAGCCAAUUUCAACACAAAGUUCAAAAACUCAUAAUUUAAAUUCAGGACGAUCCAGAAGCCAAAUCACAGCAUCAGUACAAAAUCCUAAUAUUACUGACAACGAGUUUAACAAUUCUGAAAUAUAUUGUAACAAACAUGAGCAAAUGAAAACAUUAUCUUUAAAUUCAGGACGAUCCAGAAGCCAAAUCACAGCAUCAGUACAAAAUCCCAAUAUUACUGACAACGAGUUUAACAAUUCUGAAAAAUAUUGUAACAAACAUGAGCAAAUGAAAACAUUAUCUUCAUACAAAAGUUUAGAUGAAGUAAUAAAUAACCAAUAUGGCAAACCAAAUCUAGAAUCAGGCGAGAAUUCAUCUUUUAUAAAAUUUGACUCUAAAGAUAUUGAGCACACACAAGAGCUGAGUUCAAAUCUUACAACUCAUCCAGCUGAGUCAUUGUCGAGGUCUGAAUCUUCAACAACAGUGGAAGAUACCAAAUGGUUUGACAAUCCCCAAUGCAUUCCACCAUGGGCCAAAACUGUUCGAAGGCUACAUGGAAUGACUUGUUCAGAUCACGAUAUGUCACACACAAAUUUACAGGAAAAAAUAAAAAGUCUGAUGAAAAAACAUAGUAACUUAAUGUUGCUUAAAAGAGGAGAAAGUACAAAACAGCUAAUAAUCAAACCGAAUGAAUGUGGUGGAAUGGGAACUGUUAAAAUUGCUUCAAAAAAUACUCGGUACUAUAUGACCCAUAUACCUAAAGAAUUUGGAGAACAAUCUCUAGGAAGUGACUUAACUUCCUCAAGCACAGAAAAAAAUAUUUCAGACAAAAAGAGUGUUGAUAUGACAAAUACAAAUAAAACGUCAAGAUACCAAGCAAAAGCAGAAGCAUCUAAAGUAUUAAAGUCGCUCUAUAAUUCAAAUAAAUACAAAGGAGAAAUGGACAAAGAGGAAAGUAAACUGAAGCUUCAGCAAAAUAAAUGCUUUAAAAUUACUCCAAGUAAAAUAAGGAACUUUGUAAAUUCCCAAUCUUUAGAUAAAGAUGAAAGAAAACUUGAUGAAAUAAUACAAAUUAGAAAAGUGCAUAGCCGUGAUCAGAUUGAUGGAAAAUCCAGCUCUAAAUAUAUAAUUAAUGUACCAGUACCACAAUGUAAUCAGGUUGGUGGCACAACAGUAAAUAAAAUUACAUUAAAAGAAAAACACAAGCUAAAGAUUAAUACCGUUGAAGAAUUAAAUGAAAACAUCACUGAGAUAACCUAUAACAGACGUUCAGAAACAAAGGGAAGUAAAGGACGAAUUGAAAAUCACUACACAGCAGAUGAAAAUGUACUAUAUGAUGUCAUUCCACAUUCCGAAAAACCUAAAUCACACUCUAAAUCUAAAUCUUUAAAAGUUACUGCCACGUCAACACCGGUAAAACUAAAAAAAGAAAAGAGAGACAAGGACAAAAUCUUGUUAAUUCAGUAUGAGUUAGAAGAAUCAAAAAAGGGAAGCAAGAAAUAUGAGACAGAAAAACCUGCAAUAGUUUCUCAAAAGUUAUUAGGAGUAAGACAGCCACACAAUGAAAAUUUAAAGGAUAUUUAUUUGUACGGAGCUGAUACAGAUGGCAAUCUAUGUAAAGAAAGAAUAACUAAAGUUGAUAAUGCUUCUCCAACUCUAAGAGAGAGGGUAAAUGCAGUAUUUGAAGAAUUAAAAAGUAUGUCAUUAAAGCCAUGUGCAGAGUUUGAACCAACUAAAGAUUUGCAACCAUCGGUUAGUUCUAAGAUGAUUCAACAUCCAUCUACAACAGGAGAUGCUGAUACAGUUUCAGUACAAGCUUUUCCUGAAGUCAGGUCAAUAGAAGUGCAAGUGCAAGACAGUAUUUUGUUUCAUCAACAGCGUUCAAUGGAUCACCAAUCAACACUUUCACUGUCCUUGGCAGAUGAAAAAGAAAGGGAUUAUAUUGAACCAUCUAUAGAAAUAAAACACUCAGAAAAACAUCCUCCUGAUUCAAGUCAACCUGAUGAUUCUAUUACAACACCAAAAAGUAGCAUUAUUGAAGGAGAGCAGACGGAUGUUCGUGUUGAAAGUGAAACUGAGCUUUCAAAAUUAGAUGAAAAAGAUGCUUCAAGUGAAGAGAAAAUUCACUCCAUGCAAGACAUUGAAAUUCAAGAAACUACAAAUAGGAAGGAAACCGAAGAUGAAGAUCAAAAUGAUGAUCAAGAACACGUCAGUAGGCCUAUGGAUGCUGAACAUGUUUUGGAAAGUCAGGAAGAAGAAAAUACAGAUGAACAAACAAGUGAUCGUAUAUUAUCUGGAGAGCGUUCAAUCAAUGAGGAGAAAAGUGGUUUAGAGAAUGAUGAAGAGACAUUAAGAGAAGAAGAAAGAGGGUCUCUGUUAACUGCGGGUAGCUUGAAAGAUAAAGAGCAAAAUCAAAUUUACAACACAAAAGUAAGUGGAAAUUUUGAAGGAGAUGAAGAAGAUAAAGAAGAUAAAAAAGAGGAAGAAGAUAAAGAAGAGGAAGAAGAUAAAAAAGAGGAAGAAGAUAAAGAAGAUAAAAAAGAGGAAGAAGAUAAAGAAGAUAAAAAAGAGGAAGAAGAUAAAGAAGAUAAAAAAGAGGAAGAAGAUGACGAAGAGAAAAUAAGUGGAGAAGGUCAAAUCGGAAAAGAGUUUAAAGAAGAUGAAUAUUAUGGAAUGUCAGAUGAAGCAGAAGCUGAGGAACACGUCAGUGACAAUACAGUUAAAGGACAAGAAGCAUGGAAUGGUAAAGAACAUGCAGAAGACAUACGUAGUUACGAUUUUGACCCAGCUAAAGACUUUGAGCUAAGAAUGAUUCCAUCUUCCAAGUUUUUUCAUCAAAAAGAUUCAUUAAGAAAAAUGAACUGGACAGAAGAUGUUCUAUACCUAGAAAAAACUAUGUGUCCACAAUUAGUGAGAGGGCUAGCAGAGAUAGCAGUAAAACAGCCGCCAGACCCCAUAUCAUACUUAGCCCACUGGAUAUACAAAGGCUACCACAACAGCCAGCAAGAUGAGCAGACCUCAGUUUUGAAAGAGCAUCUCCAGGUUGCCAAGGACAUGGUCUAUUCCAAAAGAAACAAAAAGCUGAUUUGCAAGAAAUUUAAUGUUCAACGCUAUCCUGAGAAACUUAAUGAAGACCAUCUCCUGACAGAACAAGCUUAUGUUUGAAGAAAUUGGGUAUUCACAAAGAGAUCAAAAUGUAUCCAGGCAAUAAUUUUAAUUUGAUCAUAGUAGUUUUGUUAAAAAAAUAUUUGUCACAAUUUUAAUAAAAUAUACAACCCUUUGGUCAUGAUAACAUA